AUGACUGUGACGUCCCCGACGACAUUUGCCUCAAACCAAAAGGAUCUUCAAGAACCUCAAGUACUGCCUAUACGUGAAGCACGUUCACAAUCACUCUCAAAGCUGUCACGACGUGCGUCGACGGCUAGUGUGCUGACCGUAAAAAACAAACAGUGCGACAUUUUGAGUGAAGAGGAGAUUGAAUUUCAGCAACAACAGCGUGUACGACAUGCUCGUCGUGCACUUAGUUCUGGUACUGGUAGUUCUCUCAGUCUAUUACAGGAAGAACUUGGAUAUCCACGACGUGCAAGAGUGGCUACAGAUGGACACAGACGUCGACGUAGUUCCUUAUUUGAAUCGGCUUUAGAGAGCAGCAAAUCAAUGAGAUCUCAAAGUAGUAUCAAUGAGAACAGUGACAGGGAAGAACAGAGCACUAGCACUAGCACUAGUAGUUCAAGUAGUGUGACAAGUAUUACUAGCGAUAUGCUUCGGACACAGUCCGUGCCUGAACUAGAAGCAGAUGACCAUAUUCAUCCAGUGCAAUGUCAUGGACGCAGUUGGACGUGCUCAUUACAAAGUGAUGCAGUAGGUGACCAUGGAGGAGAUGCACAGGACGACGAUGAAAACUUUAUGAAUUACCGCAGUGCGUCCGUCACGGGCUACAGUUGUGACACGGACGGAGUUGUGUACUAUGAAGUGAUUGUGCGUAGCAUUGCGCACGGUCCGUUAUCUGCCUACAAAGUACGGCGACGUUACUCUGAAUUUCGAGACUUGCACGCGGCAUUGAGUAAGGUCAUGCCAGUGUCUCACAGAAAGCUUGCUUCCGUGACGGCUAUGGCCAGUAUCAGUGACGAAAGCAAGAACAACGAGGACGAAGACGUUUCGGCCAGUUUUCGUUUUUCAAUGUCAGAUUGUGGCGAAAGUGAUGAGCCGACAUUACCUCCAUUACCAGACAAAGGUGGCGUGUGGAGCUACUUGCAGUUUGACAGCAUCCCAUUACUCGAGCGACGAGCCAAAUACUUUCAUGCUAUGCUGACAGCUGCACAACGGCACCCAAUGGCACGUGCGAGUCGACUGCUCAAUGACUUUGUUGGCACGCCGCCUGACCUUGUGUCCGUGCACUCAAGCGUCGAGAACAGUUACGUGAGCUUGAACCGCUUUGCGGCGCCCAAGUUGAGCUUUGAUAUUGAGAUUCAGGAGAGAAAAGAGAAGGCCCAGAGCAUAAGACGCCGCCGCAGCUCCCUCAAACGACAAAGCUUUACCGGAUCGCUUGAUGCCAGCCUUACCACCCUACUUCCGUUGCAGUAA